AUGGCAGAUGGGAGGGCGGCACCACAGGCAUGCGAGCAAAGGGCCUGCCUCGACUACGGUGAUUUGGAGGAUGGCGAAUGCUGGAUGCCGUUUCACCGAUCGGCUCCUGAUACUGCUAAUGGCGAGGCGGGGUGGGACCUCGGCGGAUUCGUCUCCCCAUUCCAGUGCGUCCUCGGAAAAGAUCCAGGUGAUUGCCAGGGCACUCGAACUUACGGAGAAGGAUGUUGUUUACGAGUGAGUCCUCACGCGCAGGUUGCUACGACCACUGGAACAAAUUCAACGCCAGGCGUUCAAUUGAAGAUCCUACAUGGUUCUACAUCAGUGCUGGUCAAGUGUAGCUUUUUGCGAGUAAGGUGUUUUUGCAGUCUUGGAUGCGGCGAUGGGCGCUUUGUCAUUGAGUGCUGCCGCUUGGCAAACUGCAAUGGCGUUGGGCUGGAUCUAGACGAAAAGCUUGUUGCCAAGGCGCAACGGAACGCUGCUGCUGCGGGGACUAUUCGCGCCGAGUUUUUCCAAGGGAAUUUUCUCGAUCCGCAUCUUGACUUAUCGCGUGCAACUGUCAUGUAG